CGAUCACUCAAGAAAGGGAAGAGGAGACGGAUGACCAACAGGAGGAGGAGGAGGAAGAGGAGGAGGAGGAAGAGCACAGAGACUCCCACAGAGUCAUGAAGAAGAGUCAUGACUCAGCCCCUCUCAGGAGGAGCAGGAGAGCCGAGAAAAUCCCGUCUGAGCCGAAACCGGACGGCGGAAGUGACGCUCACACAGACAGAGCGGCUGAUAACCACACACACACACACUCAGGCCUGUCUGCACCUCCUCCUGCACCUCCUCCUGUCCGCUGCAGCUCCCGCCUGGCUGCUAAACCACGACGGGUUCACUGUCUGAGCAGUCGAGCCAAGCAGCCUCCCGUCGAACCCGAACCCGAACCCGAUCCCGAUCCCGACCCCCAACCGCCCAGACACACAGACACAAAGAGAAGGAGCCCCGCCGAUGCUGCAGAGUCACCCGCAGAAAAGGUGGUUUCCAUAGAGACGCUACACCCCGAUACUGAGACUGAGAUCGGGGUGGGGGUGGGGGUGGCGGGGGGGAUGCUGACGUGGCACCCGGAGGUCAGAGAGCGGCGGUACAGAUGUUCCAGCUGCGGGAAGAAGUUCUUCCAGAUCGGACACUUAAAGAAACAUCAGUUCAGUCACAGCGAAGAGAAACCGUUCAGCUGCAGAGAAUGUGGGAAGAAUUACACGUCUGCUGAGAGCUUCAGAGCACACGAGCUGAGUCACCGCGGCGAGCGUCCGUACUCGUGUCCUCACUGUGAGAAGACCUACGGCCUGAAGCGGGACCUCAAGGAGCACAUGGUCCUGCACACCGGAGAGAAACCGUACGUCUGCGAGCACUGCGGGAAAGGAUUCGCACGCCGGCCGUCCCUCCGAAUCCACCGCCUCCUUCACUGCAGCAGACUCAUUUACUCACAGUCUCCAAAGCUGCAGUGCACAAUCUGCCCCAAGCUGCUGGCUAACUCCGGCUCUCUGAGGAACCACAUGAAGCUCCACACGGGGGAGAGACCUCACAUCUGUCAGCACUGUGGGAAGUGCUUCAGUCAGAAAGGGAACCUCGAGAGCCAUCUGAGGAUCCACAACGGAGAGAAACCGUACCCCUGCUCCGAGUGCGACCAGCACUUCUCCCAGAAACAAGAGCUUCGCCGGCACAUGCUCUCCCCCACGGGGGGCGGCUUCCUCUGUAGCUACUGUGGGAAAUCUUUAAGGGAUCCGCACACCCUGAAGUCUCACGAGAGGCUGCACACCGGAGAGAGACCCCAUCGCUGCUUUAUCUGUGGGAAAGGCUACACUGUGGCCACGAAGCUGAGGAGACACAUAAAGUCUUCUCACCUGAUGGAGAAGCCACACAGCUGCCACUGCGGCGCCUCCUACACUCUGAGACAAAGUCUGCUGAGGCACCAGGCUCAGCACAGGACGGGGGAAGACGCUCAGAAAGAGGCGGAGGCGGAGGGAGGACACGGCGAGGAGACGAAAGAGGCCGUGCAAGAGUUGGCGGCUCUGAGCUCCUGUCACCCGAAACCAGUCAGAGGCCGUCCCAAGAAAACUUCGCUCUCCCAAAGCGCGGGAGAGAAGGAAGCGGGUGAAAUGAAACGGAGAAGAAGACGAGGAAAAGGGGAUGAAAAGGAGACGGUGAGGACGGCAGCGAGAGGAGGAGGAAGAGGAGACGGCGAGGCUGCAGGUGACAUACAGCACACCGUCGUCUACGUCCGCACAGACAGUCUACCUGCGUCUAACUCCGGCCCUCUGCUCCUCACCUCGGGGAGCUCGCUGCCUGCGGGUGCCGGGCAGGAGCUGGUGGAGGUGGUGAUAUCGGAGGGAGCGGAGCAGUGCAUCGUGGUCCACGGGCAGCAGGCUGUAGGAGAGCUGCUGAUCUUACAGGAGGAAGGGAACGGACUCUGCUCUGUGGCUCAGACUGUCGAGAUAAACACGGUGUAGCUUCAAAAUCUCAGUUAGUUGAACUGUCUCUGGUGCUUCUUUAGAAAUCUGAUCAUGUAACAUCCAGCCAGCAUCGACCCAUAAUGUUCAACACAUCCCAGUUAACUUUAUAAUGAAGUGCUUUUUUGUUUUGUUUUG